AUGGAAACAAAGUUGUCGUAUAGCUGCGUAACACCGCAUUUGAUGCGCUUACGCUUAUGUGGCUAUUAUCAAAUCGAUCCUAAGUCACCAAAGCUACAAAGAUUAUUUCAUUCAAUUUACAUGAGAUUUAGUCUCAUAUGGAUAGUAAUUUAUACGAUACAACAGGCUUUAAAAGUAUACGAGGUGCAGGAGGAUAUUGAUAAAGUGAUAGCAACAUUGUUUUUAUUUUUGACUCACACCGAUUCAAUUUACAAACAAGUGGUCCUGUGGAUAAAAUCAGAUAAAAUUGAAGAGUUGUUAGACAUAAUGAGAGGUUCACUUUACAAUCAAGACAACCCUGAUCACAAACCGUUUUUACUGGAAGUCGCCAGAUACAGUCUCCUUAUUGUACGAAUCGACAAUUAUUUAGCUUUAUGUACUUGUUUUCUUUGGGUACUUUUACCGUUUGUACUUCAUUUACAAGGAAAACCCGUGGAAUUCGGAGUCUGGCUACCAUUCGACGUAAAUGUGGAUCCAGUGUUUUAUUUUACAGCUUUAUACGUAUGGGGAACAACGUCGUGGCUUGCAUUCUGCAAUACAACUAUUGAUGUCCUGAUUUCAUUUUUCCUAGCACAAUGUAAAACACAGCUAAGUAUCGUGAGAUACGAUCUCGAAAAUUUAAUUCAAAGAAGCAAAACUGAAAGUUUAUUAACUGGUGAAUCUCACGCAGAGGUUCUAAAUAAACGUUUUAGAAAAAUUUUACUUCAUCACGCACAGAUUGCAUAUUUCGUCAAGAAAGUUGAAGAUAUAUUCAGCUUCGUCAUUAUAUACCAGUUUUCAGUUAGUGGAUGGAUAAUUUGUACAUCAGUAUACAGAAUGGUGAACAUGAAUGUUUUUUCGAUUCAAUUUUUAUCGAUGAUUUUGUACAUUUGCUGCAUGCUUAUUGAAAUAUUUAUGUACUGUUAUUACGGUAAUGAAGUUACAAGUGAGAGUACGAAGGUUAUGGAAUCUGCCUAUUUUAUGAACUGGCUGAGUACAAAUACAAGACAUCGACGUCACCUUAUUUUCUUCAUGGAAAGAAUUAAACGUCCGAUACAAAUAUCAGCAGGCGUUAUAGUGCCACUUUCUAAUGAAACUUUUAUUUCGAUAGUGAAAAGUUCCUACACCUUCUAUGCUCUUUUAAAGAGUACUAGCGAAUAAAACUAAUUUGGUUGUUUAUUAAAAACGGCACAAUUGUAUAAGUCAAUAAAUUUACAUCAUUGUUUAGUUGCUACAUAAAACGCUUCUAUGUU